UUUCAUCCUGUAAAGUAUUCCUUUCAAAGCAAAAGGACCAGUCGUCAGUUAAGAGGAUAAUCUGUUUAAUCUUGUAUAAGAAGUAGAUUUGUGUUAAAUAUCUCUGUGUGUGUGUUUGUGUCUGUACCCCAUCUCUCUCCCAUCAAAAAAGUGUUGUUUGAAAAACCCUAGUGUUUGAUCCUGGCUGCCUGCUGCUUUUGAUAACUGGUGCGAAAGUGGUUUUUACAGUAUUUAUUUUGUUUGAGUUUUUUUUUUUUGUUUUCAUUUAUUUUCUGUAAAAUUACCCAAAAAAAUGAAAAGCUCGUUAGCGAUGUGAAAUUGUGAAAUGUGCUUUGAAUUAAUGAGCGCUAAGUUGUUUCCACCCAUCAUCAUGCAACAUAAGUUAAAAGAAAAUUAAUGAUUUAAAACCAACCACAACAACAAAAAUAACACAAAAAUUUAAGUGAAAAAGGAUAUCCACAUUAUUUGAUUCACCAGAAAAAGGAUUAUACUAACCAGAACCACGUAACAUUGUGGCGCUGAUGGAAAAAGGAUAAAAAGGAAACAAUUACUGCUUCUAUAAUCUUUAACUGCUAAUAAGGAUGUAGCAUCACGUCAAACUAUUAAUGAAUACCCUAGACAAAAAGGGAGAAGGUCUUUUUUCUUUGUACAUCGGAUAGUGUAAAUAUAAAAAAAAAUGUCUCUGACAGUAAAAAUUGUGCAGUUUCAUCUGCCAAAAACCAAAUCUAAUCUAAUAGGACGUGUGGAAUUUCGAGGCGUUGCUCAUAUAACAUCGGAGCUAAAUGCAAAUUCACCUAGUAUUGACGUAAAUCAGUCAUUCAUAUGGCCCCUCGCCCGACCAGCCACAGCCGAGGAAACCCUCACUGUGGAACUAAGAACGCAAACCACAAAAAUAUUACUAAAAACUGCUCUAGGCUCAACAAGUUCAAGUCGACAAGGAAGCAGCGGAACGAUAAGCAGUAGCAGUAAAUGUAUUGGGCAAUAUGUGAUUUUGAUGCAAGGACUCAUUGAGACUGGAUUCAUAAGUGUUGAAGACCAGCUGGUGGAUUUUAGCACAAACAGACCAAUCGAGGCAAUUGUUGUAUUCGAAGCCAAAUACAUAUCGCCAGAUGAUGCUGCUGGUAAUUUCGAACCAACGAACCUGGUUCGACCGAUACAGGAGCAGCACAACAUUAGCUGCAGCAGUAAAAGUCUCGAGGAUGAUCAACAGAUGCUUCUCGACAUUGAACAGAACAUAGCGAAUUUGGAGCGUAGUCUCCAUCGAGAACACAGUGAUUCCUUUAUCAGUCGAAAGCGUCACUUGUUGCGUCGCGUUAUGUCCUCCGGCCAAGGCGUUGGCAGUUCGCAUUCGGCGGUCUCGAGCAGUCAUCAUAAGUCAGAAUUGAAAUUUGACAAAUUCGGUAAAUCACCUACCGGGACACGGGGAACGGUUGCCAGUGCACCAGGAACUCCACAAGCCAAGGAAAAGAAGAUGUCCUUGCGAACUGUGAGGAAUGUCCUGCGUUUGGGAAAACAUCGACCACCUCCACAAUCAAGGGAUAGCAGUACCGAAGAUGAGGGCAGAUCACCUUUGAUAAUGGAUACCGAUCAAACACAGAACACUUUCUCAGCAACCGAAGGCGAAGAAGAUCAACAAAAUGGUGGUCAUGAAAGUGGUCUCUCAAAUGCAUCUAGUGAAGUGGAAGAUAUUGCCAAUUUUGAUCAAGGAAAAAUGAUUAAAGCAAUGACACGCACAGCAGAUCAUCUAAAGUCCCAAGACUUUCAAGUUUGCAUAACAAUCAUCGAAGCCCGCCAACUACCAGGUCUAAAUAUGGAUCCAGUAGUGUGCAUUCAAGUGGGAGACCAAAAAAAGUACACCAGUGUUAAAGAGAGCACCAAUUGUCCUUAUUUCAAUGAGUAUUUUGUAUUUGAUUUCCACAUGCCACCGGUAAUGUUAUUUGAUAAGAUUAUAACCCUGUCGGUUAUCCAUUCGAGGAAAUUCUUGCGUUCCGGAACAGUUGUUGGUAAUUUUCGGAUUGAUCUCAAGACCGUCUAUGAUGCAAAUGAUCAUCAAUUCUACCACAAAUGGGCAUUACUCUCAGAUCCGGAUGAUUUCUACAGUGGUCCAAAAGGUUAUUUAAAAUGUGAUAUUGGAAUAAUAGGUAAAGGUGAUACAGUUAAGGUGCCUCAAAAAUCCGAAAAGGAUCCCGAUGAUAUUGAAGCAAAUCUCCUUCUACCAGAUGGAGUACCUAUCGAAAGACAACGAGCUAAAUUUAUAGUAAAAAUUUAUCGUGCCGAUGGACUGCCAAGAAUGAAUUCAUCAAUAAUGGCAAAUGUUAAAAAAGCUCUUACGGGCGAGUCUAAAGACUUGGUUAGUCCUUAUGUUCAGGUUUCGUUUGCUGGAUUGAUGGGUAAAACAACAGUUAAAAAGAACGCUUAUGCCCCCGUUUGGAAUGAGCAAUUGGUCUUCACAGAAAUGUUUCCACCUUUAUGUCAGCGAAUUAAGAUUCAACUUCGUGAUGCAGAUCCUAUGAAGCCUUCAAUCAUUGGCACUCACUAUAUUGACCUUAAGCAAAUAUCAAACGAUGGAGAAAAAGGAUUUCUUCCAACAUUUGGACCCUCUUUCAUUCAUCUUUAUGGCUCCACAAGAGAUUACACUCUUUUAGAUCAGCAUUCAAAUCUUAAUACAGGUCUUGGUGAAGGUGUAAGCUAUCGAGCUAGACUUCUUAUUGCUAUUCGAACAGAAAUUACCGACAAUAUUGAACCUACCACAGAGAAAAAUGUUGAACUUGAGCCAAGUUAUCCAAUAUCAGAAUCAUCAUAUUCGAAAUGUGAAGAAUUCUUUCUAUUUGGAACUAUUUUAGAAGCUUCAAUGAUUGAUAAAAAGGUUAGUGAUCGAACGGUUUUCUUUGAACUGAGUAUGGGAAAUGCUGGUAAUUCAUUGGAUGGACACAAUGAAAGUUUUACUACAACCGAUGAUGAAGAUGGUACAUUGGAAACAGUAGAUAGUACGUCGUAUAGUAGUACGACAAAUGCUUGUAAGCCUACAAGUCACAAUAAAACACAUUAUUAUUUGCCUUAUUGGGAUUACAAACCGUGUAUGGAUGUGAGAUGUGCUUUGCCGGAUUUGAGAAGACGCAUGUAUAAUAGUAAUAUGUUAUCGAAAAUGGCUGAUAAAAUGGAAGAUAGUCUUAAUGAAACCCAUAGACUUAUUGAAGAUGAAGACCCUAAAUCAGAUGUGCGACUUAGAACGACGCUAGAAGAAUUGGCUGCAUCAUGUGUUCGAUAUUUGACAAUUACGAAAACUAAUCUUGCAGGGCCCGGAAGUGGAAAUACUAAAUUGGACAAAGAACGAAUGAAACUCUGUCAGCGGGAAAUUGAAUCCCUUGGAAACAUGGCACGUAACUUGCGUGCAUUAGUGACCCGUAGUUCACUUCAGGAACGCUUCAAAACGGCAAAAACUUAUUUACAAAAAUUAAAGUUUUUGAUUGAUGAUCCACAACAUUCCCUGCCAGAUAUAUUCGUAUGGAUGAUUGCGAAUGGUAAACGUAUAGCCUAUCAUAGAGUAUCCGCAAGAGAUUUAAUCUAUUCGGAAACAGAAGAAGAAUGCGGUGUGCAUUGUGGCAAAGUUCAAACAUUAUUCCUGAGGCUUCCCUGGAAACAGGCUGCCGGUUCUGCUAGUUGGUAUCUCCAAGCAAAGUUAUCGAUUUUUCUUUGGUUAGGAAUAGUUAAUCACAAGGAGCAUUUCUUCGAAGGUCUACCACAUGGAUAUGAUCUUUCUCAUGAAUUGAGAAAUGCCGACCGACCAAGAGCUAUGGCUCCAAAUCAUAUUCAUUAUUUGGAAAAGCAUACUUUUCAACUUCGAGCUCAUAUCUAUCAAGCCCGUUCAUUGAUUGGCUCCGAUGCGUCAGGCUUAAGUGAUCCCUAUGCAAUAGUGUACAUUACGGAAUUUACAAAAACCACUCAAGUCAUCGAAGAAACUUUAAGUCCUACUUGGGAUGAGUUAUUGGUGUUUGAAGAGGUACUUGUUUAUGGAGCUCAAGAUGAAAUCAAAAAAGAUCCCCCCACAAUAAUCAUCGAGAUUUAUGAUCAAGACAAAGUGGGAAAGUCCGAGUUUAUUGGUCGAGCUAUUGCAAAGCCUCGUGUAAAGCUGAAAGAUACUGUCUAUACUACUCCGACACUUGAAUGGUUCGAUAUUGUUCGAGGGCCUGAUGAAGCUGGUGAGUUAUUGGCAGCCUUUGAAAUGCUUGAAAUCGGUUCGAAUGACAUGCCAAGAAUGACAGAGCCCAAAAUUAGUCAAAUAGAACCAAAGAAAGAAAGAAUGUCAGCUCCAACUCCGGGAACAAUAUUCCCAGUGCCGAAAGAAGUGAGACCUCAUUUGGCUAAAUUCAAAUUGGAGGUACUUUUUUGGGGUCUUCGUGAUCUUAAAAGGGUCCACUUUAUGUCUGUCGAUAAGCCCCGCAUAGAUGUUGAAUGUUCUGGAAAGAUUCUUAGCUCAAAUAUCAUUCAAAAUGCUAAAAAAAAUCCCAACUUCCCCAGCAUGUUGAAAUCCAUCGAAUUGGAAUUACCUCUGGAAGAAACCUAUGCCCCACCAAUAACCAUUCGUUGUGUAGACUGUCGAUCUUUUGGCAGAUAUACCCUCGUCGGAACCCACCAAAUCACAUCGAUACAUAGAUAUAUGUAUAAGCCACCACCUAAGGAAGAUUUUACAAAAUACAAGACAAUCGGUGGACAUAUAAUUUUGCCAUCACCAAGUCAAGAUAGGAAUGAGAGUGAAAUGCCAAGGAUUACAGCAAAUGGGCCAAGGGAUUUGUACUUGCCGAAGAAUUCAUCGUGUGAGAAUUUGACACUUUAUGGAGCUGCUUGUGUGACGAAAAUGGUCAAAAAACAACAUCCAAAACGUAAGUCUACAUCCAUUGAUCCCAUUCAAGAAUACGAUACUGAUGAUGAGAAUAAUAAGGAUUGGUGGACAAAGUACUUUUGGUCUUAUGAAAAGCUUAUUGAUUCAAACAAGGAGCUGGCAAAACCAGCUCUAAUACAAGCUAAGGAAGAUAAACAACCAAAAUUGAAUGUAAAGAGUUCUAAGAUUGUUAAUAAAUUAAGUCCGAAACGAGCUAGAAAGGAACCUAAAGGAACACCGAUAGUAACUAAUGAAACUGCAGUUUGUAAGCCGCCAUCAUCUAGCAUACAUUCGACCACAGAUAGCAAUUUUGCGAUCUUCCCCAACGAAUUGGAAGCUCAACCCGAAUUUAAUUACUUCCGUGAAUGGCUACAUGCAUUUCCACUUUUACGUGGCAAAAAAACUGGCGACUCAAUGGAAGAUGAAAAUCGAACUGUUGGUUUUUUCAAAGGAGCCAUCAAAGUAUACAAAUUACCCCUACCAAAAGGAAUGGAACUACCAACUGCAUCUUCCCUGCCCGCUAAUGAUCCGAUGCAUGUUUUAGUACGAGUUUAUAUUAUAAAAGCAACUGAUUUACAUCCAAUGGAUUUGAAUGGCAAAGCUGAUCCUUAUGUUGUUUUACAUUUGGGUGGAAAAAGAAUUUCCGAUAAAGAAAAUUACGUCAGUAAACAAUUGAAUCCGAUUUUUGGAAAAUGUUUCGAGGUUGAGGCAACAUUUCCACAAGAUUCCAUGUUGACUGUGCAAAUAUUUGAUUGGGAUUUAGUUGGUUCUGAUGAUCUGAUUGGAGAGACACGAAUCGAUUUGGAAAAUCGAUUCUAUAGUAAACAUCGGGCAACUUGCGGACUUUCAAUGAAAUAUGAAGAUACUGGCUACAAUCGAUGGAGAGAUCCCAUGAAACCAACACAAAUUCUCUCCAAACUUUGCAAAGAAAAUAAGUUAGACUCACCACAUUAUUUCCAAGAUCGAGUAGCGAUUGGGAAGUAUUGUAUGACAUUCUCCGAGGAAGAAGUUAUUGCUUGGAACGGACCCACAACUUGCAAAAAUCGUGACGAACAUUUAGCUCUUGCUGUGCUCCAUCGAUGGAGUGAAAUUCCGAAAAUUGGAUGCAAAAUCGUUCCGGAACACAUCGAAUCUCGACCUCUGUUCAAUGUGGAUAAACCGGGCAUUGAACAAGGUAAGCUGGAAAUGUGGGUUGAUAUGUUCCCCAUGGAUAUGCCCCUUCCAGGACCUUCGGUGGACAUUUCUCCAAGAAAACCGAAAGCCUACGAAUUGAGAGUUGUCAUUUGGAAUACUGACGAUGUGGUCCUGGAGGAUGAUGCAUUCUUCACGGGUGAAAAGAUGUCAGAUAUUUAUGUCAAAGGAUGGCUUAAAGGCCCCCAGGAUAUUCAGGCAACUGAUAUCCACUAUCGAUCUCUUACGGGUGAGGGAAACUUCAAUUGGCGUUUUAUCUAUCCCUUCGAAUAUUUAGCAGCUGAAGAAAGAAUAGUCUUGUCUAGAAGAGAAUCUCUGUUUAGCUGGGACGAAACAGAGGUAAAGAUCCCAGCUCGUCUUGAAUUGCAAGUCUGGGAUGCUGAUCACUUUUCUGCUGAUGAUUUCUUGGGAGCUAUUUCCUUCAAUCUUACCCGUUUCCCUCGAGGAGCUAAGUCCUCGAAACUUUGCACCCUGGAUAUGCUAAAGACAGAUAAUGUUCCCACAAUCAAUAUAUUCAAACAGAAGCGGGUUCGAGGCUGGUGGCCUUUCUUCAUCAAGAAACAAAAUGACGAAAUGGAAUUGACUGGAAAAGUCGAGGCUGAAUUCCAUUUGCUUAGCAAGGAAGAAGCUGAACAGAAUCCAGCUGGAUUUGGACGUAAUGAGCCGGAUCCAUUAGAGAAACCAAACCGCCCAGAUGCAUCAUUUAUGUGGUUCUUGAAUCCAUUAAAAUCGAUUCGUUACAUAGUUUGGCACAAUUACAAAUGGGCUAUACUCAAGGCUCUAAUAAUUGCCGGUUUAGCAUUAAUGUUACUUUUAUUCUUUUACUCCGUACCUGGAUAUACAGUUAAGCGAUUACUUGGCGCCUAAAAGAAUACUACAUAAUCUUUAUGUGAGAAAAAAUUGUUAUGUAUCACUUUAUACAAUCAAAAAAUGUUGUUGUUAAAUAUAAAUAAUAUAAAAAUAUACAAAAAAAAAAUAAAUUUAUUUACUUCUACCUCUUCUAUAAUAAAAUUAUUAAACUUAUGUACAAACUAUAGAGAAAAAAAAAAACAUUUAAAUAGUCUUUCCUUUGUCAUAAAUAAAAACAAGGAAAGAAAAUUGUUCUAUUUUUCGACUUGAACUAAAUCAAUCUACAUUAUUUAUUGAAUAGUAUAUAAAUA